GACAGUGCUAAGUGUAUUCAACAAAAUUUAACAGUUGCUUGCUAAAGCUUGCUAAAGCGGUGAAUAUUUUGCUAGGUGUCAAGUUGGCUAGCUACGUGUUUUGUGCUGUCUUGUUUAUACUCCCGAGCUAGCAAGCUAGAUUAAUAGCUGGCUAAUGUAGCGUAUUGUGGCAGGUUUCCUUCCUGUCUAGCUAGCUAACUAGCGCUCUAGCUAGCAUGUGGGCUUGCUAACUUAUCUUGCUAGUAUUAGACAGCCGCGCCGCUCCUUGUGUUUUUCCAACAUAAGUUGCACAGCAAGGCAGCUAACUCAUUUGUAAGCUAAACUAAUUACAAGCUAUUAUAAUAGUCAAGGCUUAAGAAGAAGGAUCUUACAUUAAAACGUAGCUAGCUGCCGUUAAGAAACCAGGCAGACUUUGGAUGCGAACUUGUGUGUUCUUGACAGGGUGUGUGUAGCAGCAGCAGCAGUGGCCCAGCGCAGUGCUGUAGGGGGAGAGGGCUCCAGGCUCCAGGCUAACAUGGACGACCGCUCCUCUCUGGGCAAAGUGAGCGGCUCCACAGAAUCCGUGUCCACCGUCACCAGCGAGGAGUUUGUGCUGGUCCCCCCGUCCUCUGGGGGCUCCCCCUCCUCCUCCGAGGGCAAGCCCAGACUCAAGAUGUCGUGGAAUGGGAGUGAGCAGCUGCAGAGGGCGAUGGAGGAGGUGCUGCAGGACGAGGAUAAGAAGGAGGAGAGCAAAGGAGAGGAGGUCCCGGCCACAGACACCCCCACGGCCCCCCAGCCAGAGAAACCCUCCCCCAGUCUGGCCCUGGACACCUCCCCUGCAGAGGCGUCUGCGUGCCCCGCAGCAGCCGGAGGGCGUGCGGUCCCGGAGGAGGACAGCGUCCAGUUCAGCAAGCUGUCGUACCUGGGCUGCACCUGGGUGAAGGCCCCGCGCAGCGAGUCGGAGGCCCAGCGGGCCAUGGCCACCCUGAGGGCCGAGAGCGCCGUGCCCAUCCCCGUCACCCUCUACGUGCCCAGCGUGCCCGAGGGCUCCGUCAGGAUCGUGGACCAGGCGACGGGGACGGAGAUCGCCACCUUCCCCAUCUACAAGGUGCUGUUCUGUGCCCGGGGCCACGAGGGAUCGCUGGAGGGCGACUGCUUCUCCUUCACCGAGAGCUACCGCAGCAGCGAGGACUUCCAGAUCCACGUCUUCUCCUGCCACAUCAAGGAGGCGGUGAGCCGGAUCCUGUACAGUUUCUCCACGGCGUUCCGGCGCUCGUCCAGGCCCGCCCCGGACGUGCGGGACCCCGCGGGCCCCCUGACCCCCGACAGCGACGUCUUCACCUUCACCGUCUCGCUGGAGGUGCGCGAGGACGACGGCAAGGGCAACUACAGCCCGGUUCCUAAGGACAGGGACAAGCUGUACUUCAAGCUGCGCCAGGGGGUCCUGAAGAAGGUGGCGGUGACCGUCCAGCAAACCACCAACAAGGAGCUGAGAAUCGAGAGGUGCUUCGGAAUGUUGCUGAGUCCCGGUCAGAAGGUCCGGAACAGCGACAUGCAUCUCCUGGACAUGGAGUCCAUGGGGAAGAGUGCCGAUGGGAAGGCCUAUGUGAUCACCGGGACCUGGUGCCCCAACACGCCCGCCUUCCAGGUGCUGAACGAAGACACGCCGAAAGAUAAGCAGGUGUACAUGACGGUGGCCGUGGAUCUGGUGGUGACCGAGGUUCUGGAGCCGGUCCGCUUCCUGCUGGAGACGCUGGUGCGGGUCUACCCGGCCAACGAGCGAUUCUGGUACUUCAGCAGGAAGGCCUUCACCGAGACCUUCUACCUCAAACUCAAACAGGGCACAGAGAAAGACGGCCAGGGAGACGCCAUGUUUGAGGUGGUGAGCCUGCAGAGACAGGCAGAGAAGACCAACGGAGCACGAGGGCGACUGACCUCCCCCACCGAGGAGGAGGAGCAGGAGGAAGACAGUGACAGUGAGAUCUCCAGCGGGACGGGGGACGUGUCGAAGGAUUGCCCCGAGAAGAUUCUGGAGUCCUGGGGCGGGAUCCUCACCAGAUGGCACGGGAACCUGGCGACCCGGCCCAAGGGCCUGACGGCGCUGGUGAGGCCGGGGGUCCCCGAGGCCCUGAGGGCCGAAGUCUGGCAGCUGCUCUCCGGCUGCCACAACGACCAGGCCCUGCUGGAGCGCUACCGCAUCCUCAUCACCCAGGACUCCGCCCAGGAGGGUGUCAUCACCCGGGACAUCCACCGCACCUUCCCCGCCCACGACUACUUCAAGGACUCGGACGGUGACGGCCAGGAUUCGCUCUACAAGAUCUGCAAGGCCUACUCCGUCUACGACGAGGAGAUCGGAUACUGCCAGGGGCAGUCUUUCCUGGCGGCCGUCCUGCUCCUGCACAUGCCAGAGGAGCAGGCGUUCGGUGUGCUGGUGAAGAUCAUGUAUGACUACGGCCUCAGAGACCUCUACAAGAACAACUUCGAGGACCUGCACUGCAAGUUCUACCAACUGGAGAGGCUGCUCCAGGAGCAGCUGCCGGAGCUGUGGUCUCACUUCCAGGACCUGAGUCUGGAGGCCCACAUGUACGCCUCUCAGUGGUUCCUCACGCUCUUCACCGCCAAGUUCCCGCUCUGCAUGGUGUUCCACAUCACCGACCUGCUGCUGUGUGAGGGACUGAGCAUCAUCUUUAAUGUUGCCCUGGCUCUCCUCAAGACCUCCAAGGAGGACCUGCUCCAGGCCGAUUUCGAGGGGGCUCUGAAGUUCUUCCGGGUCCAGCUUCCCAAGCGGUACCGGGCCGCGGAGAAUGCCCGUAAACUCAUGGAGCAGGCCUGCAACAUCAAGGUGCCCACCAAGAAGCUGAAGAAGUUUGAGAAGGAGUAUCAGUCUCUCCGGGAGAGUCAGCUGCAGCAGGAAGACCCCAUCGACAGGUACCAGAGGGAGAACCGGAGGCUCCAGGAGGCCAGCAUGCGUCUGGAGCAGGAGAACGAUGACCUGGCCCACGAGCUGGUCACCAGCAAGAUCGCACUGAGGAACGACCUGGACCAGGCGGAGGACAAGGCGGACGUGCUGAACAAGGAGCUCCUGAACACCAAGCAGCGUCUGGUGGAGACGGAGGAGGAGAAGAGGAGGCAGGAGGAGGAGACCGCCCAGCUGAAAGAGGUGUUCAGGAGAGAGCUGGAGAAGGCGGAGUCUGAGAUCAAGAAGACGACGGCCAUCAUCGCAGAGUACAAGCAGAUCUGCUCCCAGCUCAGCACCAGACUGGAGAAGCAGCAGGCCUCCACCAAGGAGGAGCUGGACAUCGUGAAGAGUAAGGUGAUGGCGUGUGAGCGGUGCCGGGAGGUCUUCAGUAAGGAGGGGCCGCUGCAGCUGCCGGCUGUCCGGCCGGAUGACCGCGACGCCGACCAGGACGAGGAGAAGGACUCCCUCACCGCCCAGCUCAGGGAGCUGGAGCUGGAGCUGGCCCAGACCAAACUGCAGCUGGUGGAGGCCAAGUGCAAGAUCCAGGAGUUGGAGCACCAGAGGGGGGUGCUGAUGAACGAGAUCCAAGCCGCCAAAAACUCCUGGUUCAGCAAGACUCUGGGCUCCCUGAAGACGUCCACGAGCAACCAGACACCGCCCUCGCCGAAGGAAGGGCCCUAGAGCUCCCCCUACAGGCGGCAGAGGAGGAGCAUCUCACCAACACUAGACUAAUAACACAACACGGCAAUGCAGUAUUCCCUUUCCAAGAGACCGGUGUGUGUGUGUGUGUGUGUCCCCCACCCCCCGACCGUCCUCCCUCACCCUACUGAAGGGUAGGAACCACAGGCCAGAGGGGCAGGGGGCAGGGGGGAAGGUUGACCCAGCGCACGUAAAUGCGUAAAUGGAAUCAUGUUUAUAUCUCACCGCUUCAGGGAGGCCCUAUCUCCCACUGGUAGCGUAACCGUUGGCGAUCGACGGCAGUCGUAAGGUCAGAGCUCACAUUUCUGCGCUCCUCUGUGUUUUUAAGCCCUGAAUGCACUGACUGGCACAGUCCUGCACCGAGUUUACAUUAGCCGGGUGUUCCCUGUAGAUCAGUGUACUUAGCGCCGCGGCUCCAUCUAGUGGUUUCACAGCGCAACUGCAGAUUGGACAUCGCCGGGUCUUGACUGCAAGUCCGUGUGAAAAUAAGAAGCGUGGGCACAUUUUGCUUCGCGUUGCUUUCCGCUUGGGGGGAGUGAGAUGCAGGGAAGCUUUGUGUCGUCACUGGAAGUCGAUGAGAGUUUCCUGACAGGCUGGGUCUGGAGCCUUAUCAGUUCCGGUUACCGGUGAGUGCAGUGACACCUGCUGGUGAACCUUUACAAGCUAAGAGGGUCUCUAUGUGCUAAGACUGCUACAAGCUAAGAGGGCUUCUAUACGCUAAGAAUGCUACAAGCUAAGAGGGUCUAUACACUAAGAGCACUAUGAGCUAAGAGGGUCUCUUUCCUGUUAGGCAUCCACAUCUUGUGAUUCUGUGUGUUCUGCUUUUGCUGCAUAAAACAGCUACAAAUAUAAUAGCAGACAUAAACAAAUAUGCAGUGCAAUAUAUUAACAGCACAUAACUGGGAUAACUGUAGUCUUAUAUAUAUAUUCUUUCUCGAAGGGGAUACUGCAUUCAGAGUUUUUUCUUGUUUUCUAUAUAUAAAUAAACAUUGUUCUGUCAUAUAGAAAUAUGUAUAACUAAUUAUUGAUCAUUUUUAAUCUUGUACAGUCCUAAAAAGGAAAAACGUUAAGAAAAGUGCUUUGUUAUUUUUUACUAUUUUGAAUUUGAAUUUCAUCUUUAUAAAUGUGGACUACUUUAAGCACACUGUAAAUUCCGGUCUUGUUUUGAGAGUCAGCGCCCAGUGACAUUCCGACAUUCCGCCGUGUCAUUCCCGGUUCGAACCGUUUCUCCUGUUCAUUCGCCAAACCCCCCUCCCCCUGGCCCGCCUGGGAAUGUGCCCUUCCCAUUGUGCCAUCUAGCAUGUGUGUCAUAACCUUACAGCUUGCCAAUGGUUAUAUUUUCAGCCUCUAGAAUUAGUCGUUGAGAAGCCGAUUCAAAUCUCUGUUCAACGGUGGCGUCACAAUUCGGACUUGAGCCUCAACCUGGUGUUUGUGUUCUGCAUUUCAGUCUGUUUAUUUUUUUUAUUUUGUAUUUUUAUUUUUAAAAUCUUUUUCUGGAGAAAUGGUUCUCUCCCCGUGCUGUGCCCGUGCACAGUGCAGGCAGCUCCGUGUGAGAACAGAAACGGAACAGGAACCCUUCGCAAACACGCCGUUACGCGCAGAAAAAAAAAUCCCUGGCUGUCAUGUGCUCCCGUUACCGUUUCCCGUUAGCUGGCUGGUCCCUGUGAGUUUGCCACGGCUUCCGUCUCAAAGAGAAUGACGCAUGCUUCGAGGUGGAAGACCGCAGAGGGGUCUGUUCUCGUCUGAGUAGCUAGAUCUCCCUCUCCUGUAAGGCGUUUGAUAUUUGUGCCAGCGCGUUUAUUUUAGUCAGGUGUUGAGACCUAGGUGCUUUUUCAGAAGUGCUUGAUGCGGUAUAGAUUUUAUUCAUUCAUUUUUACAAUUUGCAUGUUCCUUAUUUGCACCGACAUUAGCCAGUGACUUCCAUAUCUGAAAACACUAGGUUUUAAGUCAUUUGUAAGUGGUGUGCUUACAGGUCAUUACUAAGAACUGACGUUCGUGAUUUUUUAUUUAUAAUAAAAUGCUGCGAAAAUAUAUUCUACAGUAAAGCAAAACAAGGAUUCCUGCUUGUCAUUAAGAUUUAAUGAGUGCAAUUUCAAUGUGCAUUAUGUGCUGCAAUCGUUACUCAAUUAACACAUUUUACCGUGGGGAGGAACUGCCCUGUCCCUGUCUCAGUCUCACCUGUGGGUCAGUGAUAUGGACAUGAUGUUGUCCCUGUCUCAGUCUCACCUGUGGGUCAGUGAUAUGGACAUGAUGUUGGUCCCUGUCUCAGUCUCACCUGUGGGUCAGUGAUAUGGACAUGAUGUUGGUCCCUGUCUCAGUCUCACCUGUGGGUCAGUGAUAUGGACAUGAUGUUGGUCCCUGUCUCAGUCUCACCUGUGGAUCAGUGAUAUGGACAUGAUGUUGGUCCCUGUCUCAGUCUCACCUGUGGGUCAGUGAUAUGGACAUGAUGUUGGUCCCUGUCUCAGUCUCACCUGUGGGUCAGUGAUAUGGACAUGAUGUUGUCCCUGUCUCAGUCUCACCUGUGGGUCAGUGAUAUGGACAUGAUGUUGGUCCCUGUCUCAGUCUCACCUGUGGGUCAGUGAUAUGGACAUGAUGUUGGUCCCUGUCUCAGUCUCACCUGUGGGUCAGUGAUAUGGACAUGAUGUUGGUCCCUGUCUCAGUCUCACCUGUGGGUCAGUGAUAUGGACAUGAUGUUGGUCCCUGUCUCAGUCUCACCUGUGGAUCAGUGAUAUGGACAUGAUGUUGGUCCCUGUCUCAGUCUCACCUGUGGGUCAGUGAUAUGGACAUGAUGUUGGUCCCUGUCUCAGUCUCACCUGUGGGUCAGUGAUAUGGACAUGAUGUUGUCCCUGUCUCAGUCCCACCUGUGGGUCAGUGAUAUGGACAUGAUGUUGGCUGCUUCCCUUCUGAUGGCCCUUCCUGUACAGUAGUUGUCUGACUUACAUGAAUAAACUUCUGUUUCUCUGUA